AUGAUCAGAGAAUGGGAGAGUGGCUGUCAGAAGAUUGGAAAACAGAGGUCUCAAGAUCCAGGGGCCCAAGAAAGGAAGACGGCAGAGGGAAGGCUAAGCAAGCACGGAGUACCAGCCAGGACACUGGACGCAGGCGAUUCUUUUCAGGCUAAAGACUCCCUGUCCUGCCAAGGGGAUCAAUGUUCUGCUUCACCUUUGGGGACAUGGAUCCAAUUCUGUCAAUUAGACCCACGCAUGGCCCUCGGGAAAUAUUCCCCCUUGGAGAAAGAGAUCCUGCGUUUAGGUGGGGUUCACACCAGAGCAUCAAGGAGGUUUCUGACUUAUAAGCAAGAGGAGGAACGGAAAAUGCUCAAGGAACUCCAGUUGCUGUCUGCAGAUUACAGACAGGUGAUGGAAUAUAAAAAACUGUGUUCCUCAACUUGUUCCACCUACCGGCCUAUAGAAACAAUAUGGAUGGCCAGGAUGGUUGUGCCCCCCGAAGAGUUCAAAAUGCCACAACGAGAGUGGCUCGACAUGAGCAAGCACAUAGAGCGCAUGCAGUCAGCUCGGGCCCUGAGAAGUAACCUGCAGUUACCCUCCAUCGAAAGGGUCAGGAACACUUCAGUUGUGUCCAGAGGGAACCUGGGCCCAACGACCAGAGGCAACGCCGGGCAAGACGAGAGUGAGGACAACAACAACUGUGAUGAUGGCACGCAAGAGGAGAAAGAGAAAAAAAACAUAAAAAGACAAGAAAUAAAAAUGAAUGUAAUGUUCAAGUCAGAGGAACCCAGAAAACAUUUAACCUACCAGCCCAAUGACCUGAAGCCGUUCUUCCCCACAAAGAAAGUGGAACGGUCCAUCACCGGCUUAACAAACCGCAAUCUUUUUCACUUGGCUGAAUUCCCAGGAGACUUAAUGCUGAUGAGCCAGGACUGUAUAUCACGAGGCAUCCACCCCAGAGACGUGACAAAGCCCAGUUGCCUGGGAGGAGAGAGCAUCUGGAAAACGUACAUGGGAAAACCUGCAUCUCACCAUUACUAA